AUGGGGAGAAUAAUAGCAAGAUUUCUGACUGUUCUGCUACCCCUGACUCAAUUGACUGCGGCUCUGACCGUCCAGCCAGAAGCAGCAGCCAGGGUCUCAGUUGAGACUUUGACAUUUACCUAUAUCGACACAGUGACCAGCACAAUCACCAGUCUUUCAGCUCUAACAACCACCACUACCACCUGUGCUAACCAGUCAUAUGCGGACCCAUUCCGUACCUUGAACGGUGCUUGGUCUCUCGCCGGCAACUGGUUCCAACAAUGGUGUUCGGGCGUAUCUCUAGAGGGAGGGACGACUGUCACCUCGGCAAACUACGCAUCAUUAUAUGAAUGCGAGCUGAUAUGCUGGCAAUUAAGUACUGAGUGUAACGGCAUCAAUCACAAUACGGCGAUCCGUGCUUGCUACCUCCUAACUGGCUCGCUCACUGCUACUUCUGCUGCCUCUUACAGGGCGGCGAUGCGCUUCACCACCAAUCCUUGCACGGUUACCGAGACUUCUAUAUCGACGGGCCUUUUGACGCAAACAUCUACUAUCGUGUCUGUUGUGACAUACACGCCAACUGUCACUAUACCGGAUAUAUUAUCUACUCAGACUGGCUCUGUGUCAGUUAUGCCAACUUCCACAUCUCCAGUCGCAGUAUCCGGUUCUAUACCCGCAAUUUCCAGCACUCGGGUCACCUCCCUGGGAACCACUACUCCCUCGUCGGCGUCCACCUCAAAACCACGAUACUUUAACAUUUACUCCGAGUUCAAGACUUGCGGUGUCUACUACCUCGCGUCCUGCAACCACAUCAAGCUUGGCUUUAUAUUUACAUUCAAGCCUUGGGUAUCCCUGCAAUCAUCAAGCCAAUACAUAGCAUCCACCACAUCUAUCCACGCAUCGUCGAGUCCGGAGUCAACCAAACUUCCUCAGACAUCUACAUCGGUACCAUAUAUGCCUUCAUUCACGAACCAAAGCACCAAUCUACCGAGCCGUCUAACCCCUCCGCAGCCCGCUAUUCAUACCUACAACAGAAGCCUUCCGGAGUCUGCUUCCUCACCCGGAGGACACUCUACCCCUUCCACAAUCCUUACCACCCAAGUCCACACUGUCACUUCCUGUCCAGAUCAAGUGACCGACUGUCCUACUACGGAUAAAGCUACAUUCCUCACUACCGAGACCAUCACCGUGGGCACUACAAUCUGUCCCGUAACUCCUGUCAUGGCCUCUCCAACGAUCUUGCAGCCCGCAGACGAUGUGUAUACUGAGGUUUCGACGGUGUAUUUUACGAACAUCGUGACAAUCAGUGUUUAUUAA